AUGAAGAAGUCGUUCCAGCGAUUCCAGGCACGCCUGCUGGGCCGCGCGUCGCAGCCCUCCAUCGUCCACCUGCCCGUGGACGACGAGCACCUGGCGGCACGUGCCGGGCGUGGGAGCAUGAUGGCGCAUGGCGCUGGCUCAUCAGAGGACCUCAUGGCCAGCCUUGACGACAUCACUCACGUCAUCCAGCUCUUCUCGACGUCGAUGGAGAUGUUUCUGAAGACGCUGUCCAACACGGACAUGGCCGCCGACGAACGCAAGGCCGCGCUCACAGACCUCCUGCAGACGAUUCGGGAUCAGAUUGAUCGCACGGCAGACACAACGACCAUCAUAUGGGAGGAGAAGGUCUACUCCCUCCUCGACAGCCUCGACAACCUCUGUACGCCACACGUCGCCGUGUCGUGUCUUUCCAUUGUCAAGAUUGAGGGAGACGCCGAGGAGGAAAUGCACCCAACACAGCGCUACAACGCAACAAUAUCGCGUGCGCUGCGAGAACGGGCGAACCGUCUGCUCAACCUCUACACGGACAAAGUCACCAGCUACAUUCGCGGAGACAACCUGCCAGUGCCAACAGACACACACGAGGACGACGAUCAUGACGAUGAUGUUGAUGAGGAGGAUGAUGAGGAAUCAAGUGAGGAUGACACAAGCAUCGACGACGACGAUGAUGAUGAUGAUGAUGAUGAUGAUGAUGAUGAUGAUGAUGAUGAUGCCGAGGUGCAAGGCCGCGAUGCAGACAUGUCAUUGGAAUUGGACGUGGACGCCAUCAGCAACGCGGGCAGCAUGCAAGCGCACCCCGACGACAGUGAGUAUGGCGAUGGUGAUGGCGCAGCGGAGACGGACGCGCAGCAGAGACAGAAGCAGCCGAAGCGGAAGAGGAAGAAAAAGAAGAAGAGGAGAUCCAAAGCGCUUCGGGACAAGAACCGGACAUCCGACGGCGUCUUUGAUGAGUCGCUGCUGCGUCAGGAUCUGGAGCAGUCGCUGUUGGCGCAUCCGACCAGCGUCGACCUCGUCCUCCAGAAGAGCAAGCAGUGGACGCGGUUCAGCAAAGACGUCCUGUCGUAUAUGGACCGACGCGCCGCCAUCAUCAACGACUUCAACAAGCGCCUCGCUGCCCUCGCACAAAGCACGCUGGAGACGGUGGAGCAAGACACGAGCUUCCCGUGUGCACACGAGGUCCAAGAGAUGCUGGCAGCGCACCUCAACGAUGCAAAGCGCAUGCAAGCGCAUUUGUCUGGCAACAGCCACGUGCUGCACGUCGAAGGGCUGCAGACGUUCCGCCAGCAGCACGAGCGCACGCGCAAGGCGCUCAAGGACCAGUGGCACCGGGAGCAGCGGCGCGUUGCGGACGCGGCGUCCACCGCCACCAAGGCCGAGGCGAAGUACAAGCAGCACAGCGCAGACUGGGAGCGCGCCCUGCAGAACCGCAUGAAGGAGGAGCAGUCCACGUACAAGCUGAAGCUCGACAAGCGAAACAAGGAGGAAACGGACACACGCGCAAAGCUGGACGAGGCGCGCGCGACGUACAAGGCGGCGGUGGAAGAUUUCAACGGCGCCCGCAGCGAUCUGAUCGCCACCAAGGAGACGGCUGUCAAUGAGCUGCUGGUGUCCCUGUUUGCCGGGUCGCAAACGCUGCGGGAGACGCUGUUGUCGCACCACACGGACCAGCACCAGGCCUCCGUUGCGUCCUGUGCCGACGCUGAAUACCUCGCGGAGCGCCUCGCCUGCUACCGCCCGGCCCCGGACGUGGUUGGCUUUGUGCAGACGGGCGCGGGUGGCGUUGUGUCUGUGCCUGCAGGCAACGGCGACGACCGCGGCGAUGCGGGCGGUUUCCGCAGCAGGAGCGGCAGCAGGCGGGGCAGGGGCACCACCCAUACCACUGACACACCACAGGCCACCCAACAACAACAACAGCAACAGCAGCAGCAACCACAACAACAGCAGCAACAGCAGCAGCAUCAAGUUGCGUCGAGCACUACGGGGUCGUCGACAGCUGGCAUGAGCGCGGCAUCUGUUGCCUCAUCUGCUGCAGGCAUUGUGCGUGACGCCUCCUCACGCGUGUUCUCCCACCGCCGCACAGACAGCACGCACUCCUCAGAACAGCAACAGCAGCAACACCAGCACCACCAGCAUCAUCAGCAGCGUGAUGAGAUUCCGGGUGACCGCGCGUUUGUGGCGUAUGAGCUGUCGGGGGAAAUCAACCAGUACCUUGCGUCACGUCGCGAGGAGAACAGGUGCCUCGACACGCCGCACGUGCCCGGAUCUGCCCACAAGGACGGCGCCACGGCCACGCCUCCUCUGGUGCAGGCGGAACGCGUCAUGUCUGCGCAGGAGGUGGCGCAGCAGCCCGACAUGCACUCGUUUGCGCGCCUGAACAUCCCCUCCAAGUGCAAGUGCUGCAAGAAGGCGUGCUACUUCAACUCGGUGGUCUGCUCCAAGUGCAACCUCACCUGCCACAAGCGCUGCACAGAGAAGCUGCAGGCGCCGUGCCCCGGGUCCGUGCAGGUAACGACGACGCCGAGCGGGCGCGCGUUCACCCGCCACCGCAAGUUCAGCCAGUCUGUGUUUGGCACGCCGCUCGCCUCGCAGGAGGGCGGCGACAUGGUUGACCACGUGCCCAUAAUUGUGCGUCGAAUUGCCGAAACAAUAGAGCGCACUGCGAUGGACUCUGAGGGCCUCUACCGGCUGAGCGGCGUCAAGUCGCGGGUGGAGGGCCUGUGCGCUGCAUUUGAAGCCAACCCGCACGCGGUGGCCAUUGAUGAUGAGGAGCCCGCCACCAUCGCCGCCGUCAUGAAACUCUACCUCAGACAGCUGCCUGAGCCCGUGAUUCCGCAUUCGCUGUUUGACGACUUCCUCGCCGCCGCCCAGUGGCGCGUGCAGCACUUCCAGCAGCCCGACGUCGAGCAGCGCACCGCAGACAUGUUGCGUGAGCUGGUGCAGCAGCUGCCGCAGGUGAACUACAACACGCUGGCGUACGUCUGUGGGCACCUCCGCCGCGUUUCGUUCCACGCCGACGAAAACAAGAUGCAACCCAAGAACCUGGCCAUCGUCUUUGGGCCAACCCUCCUUCGCACCCGCACACAGACGCUGGAAUCGCUGAUGAACACGCCGCUGCAGAGCGCAGCCAUCGAGAUUAUCAUCAAGUACUGCGAGCACGUGUUUGACCGCUACUUUGACGAACGCCCCGCACAGCUGCCCUCAACAUACGAAAGCACGCUUCCGUACCGCGACGCAAUGCAGCCAACGCCAUCAUCACCGCUGUCACGACGCAAGCGGCAGCGGGCCAACAGAUUCAGCAUCUCUCUCCUCGGCGAGUCGCCAGCCUCAACACCACCAGGCAGUGCCAAUGUUGGCGGUGGCGGUGUGCCCACCCGCACCAUGAGCGUUGGUGAUGGCCGUGGCGACCGCACGUCGACUGCCAGCAACAGCGGCGGCGGAAAGGGAGGGCGAGGCCGAUAUGGGCGAUUGUCGGGUCGGUUCAGCGUGUCUCCAUCCGGACACACGUCAACGGCAACAGCAGCGCGCCGCCGUCACGCCGCAUCUGUCAGUCCCCGCACAGGCGUUGAUGGCGGUGACAAUGGUGGUCGUGGUGACGGUGGUGGUCGUGGUGUGCGGUCGCCUCGCAGUCACGAGACGAGCGCAUUUGGAUUCAACGCGAGCGAUUUGGCGGCGGUGGCAGAUGAGGAUGAUGAUGGCGGUGAUGAUGAUCAUGAUGAGGUGGAGGGUGCUGGUCAAGAGCCCACUUCUGAGCUGGCCACACCCGUCAACUUGACGACACAGCAGCAGCAGCAGCAGCGACACCGCUUGGGCGUUCUGUCAUCGUCAUCAUCAACGACAACGACAGCAACGACCGGUGUGGCGCCAUCGACCGCCGUGCCUGCAAGCAAGAAACAUCAGCUGCCACAGCGCCUCCGCGUUCGCUCAUCGCCCGUCACCGUCGGCGGUGCUCCUGCCACCAGCACCGACACUAGUGAUGGUAACAAGAGCAGCACACAGCAGUACCACCACCACCAACAGCAGCAGCACCACCACCAACAGCAGCAGCACCACCACCAACAGCAGCAGCAGCGACAGGGGCGGAGAGACAAGGUGUUGGCUGGGGUGUCAUCGCGUGCUCGCACCGCAUCCGGCAGCGCGUUCCGGCCUGUUGCGCCAUCAUCAACAUCAUCACCAUCGACAACAGCACCAGCAAUGACAUCAUCACCAUCGACAACAGCACCAACAAGGGAGGACGAGCACACGCACGAUGACGACACGGCUGGGUAUCUGCAAGUAACCCCGGAUGUCGAAGACAGCGAAGGCCACACCGACGCAGCCGACACAACUGAUGCGGCUGAUGCGAAUGCGUUGUCAACUGCGCGGCAUAAGGACAGCAUCGUCAUGAGCAGCAGCAGCAGCAGCAACGCGAUGAUGGUGGCGCCAGGGCAGCGGCUGUCCUCAUAUGGGGAGUUGCCGCCAGUACCGCCACCGCCGCCGCCGCCAGAGGACAGCUCUGCUCCCUCCUCUACCUUUGAGGACGAUGGUCACGAUGGUGAUGAUGUACACGUGCAUGACACGCAUGCCGACACGCGCAGGGAAGUGGGCAAGCGGGCUGCCAAGUUUGGUGACGAUGACAAUGAUGGUGGUGAUGGUGAGGACGGUCGUGGUGGCUAUGAUCCUGAUGCAACGUUUGUUGCAAAGCAGCAGCACGACGGUGGAGCGAGCGAUGGGGAGGAAGGCGGUGUCGGGCGAGACAACGGCCACGACACGCAACCACAACAACCACGUCCGAUUAUGAUUGUCAUGGACAGCGAUGAGGCAGAUCAGACAGCGAGUGAUGAUUAUGAUGACGACGAUGACGACGACAGCACCGGCUGGGCUCCGGAAGCAUUUGUGUGAAGAGACACGUGCGUGCGCGAGCGUGUGCAUGUGUGGAAGUGGGGAAGGGGGCCGGGAGAGGGAUGGUGGUGAGGUGUAUUUGUUUCCUUCUUGCUUUUGUUUGCUUGAUGUGACAUGACAUGAGUGUGUUUUGUACUGGUGCUUGUGCUUCAGCGUGUACUUAAAGGCGUGAUUCUGCAUCUUGUACAUGAGACAGUUCACCCAGGCCUGUGCCUGUUCACAAAUCCACUCGUAGGUCAACAAUUGAAGCGCAGAACUGCAUGUGAUGCGACGCGACAUGGCACACGACCGACGAGUGCUCGACAUUGUGUUACUCAAGUGCUUAAGGAAGCACGAAGAUG